AUGAAAGUUUCCGUACUAAACAGUUGUGGCUUGCGUGGUUUUAAACGCUCUCGCAUUUCAAACGAGGAGAGUGAGGACGAGUUGAGCGGCAAUUUUAAGGAUCAAGAAUUCUACAUUGGCAAAGACAAGGACACGACCGGGAGAGUUGUGGAGAAAGAAGUGAAGAGAAUGAGAUUAGAUCUGGAGCCGGACGCUUCGAGGGAGACGCAAUUAGUUGCUCUCGACUUUCAUACUUGCGCCUUCCGUUCUGAAUCCUCCUCUCCGAAGACGCCCUCCCCCUAUUCUCCUUUUAAUGCUACUGAAAGUUCCACUCAAUAUCAUUAUCACAAUUACAAUCAAGAACAGAUACAUCAAUCUUCACGUCUACAACAAAAUAAUUCACAUAAACCCUACCACUAUCCACUUCGCAUAUCGACAAGAUCUGACGCAUAUGCAUCUUCGUCCGAUGCAGAAUACCUUAACCCUUAUGCCAACAUUAAUUCUGUAUUGUAUCUUGCAAAUUUGACGCGGAAUUCACACAUCAUAAACGAAUUACAAGGCGAACUUGGCAAUAUGGACAUAGAUGAGCGAGGCCUAAUCGGAAUGAGUGCAAGCACCGCGACUCAUAAUUCGAGGCAUGACUUUUCUAACGAUGGAGUUAGUAACAAUUGCGAUAGUCCUCCGAUUCGUUCGUCAUCCAUGUCCGAGUAUGAGUCAAUUAAUACGAUUUUGAAAGAUGCUUUCUUGAAAAGACAUGGAUCCGGAUUG